UCCCUCGGACACAGCGGAUCACCGAUCCAUGGAAAGAGCAGAAGAUGUUGGCUCGGUCAUGUGAUCAGCUGUGUCCAAUCACAGCUGAUCACUGAUCAUCAGGGCACUGAUAAUCAGUGUGGCCCCAGAAGUGCCACCUGUCAGUGUCCAUCAGUGCCACCUGUCAGUAUCCAUCAGUGCCAGCUGUCAGUGCUGAACAGUGCCACCUGCCAGUGCCCAUCAGUGCCACAUCAAUGCCACAUAUCAGUGCCUACCAGUGCACAUCAAUGCCACAUAUCAGUGCCCAUCUGAGCUGCCUUCCAGUGUCACCCAUCAGUGUCAGUCAGUGCCACCUAUCAAUGCCAAUCAGUGCCACCUAUCAGUGCUGCCAAUCAGUG